AUGGCUUUCCCCCAGCUGGGCUACCAGUACAUCAGGCCCAUUUACCCCGCCGAGCGCCCGGGGAGCGGCGGCGGCGGCGGCUCCCGGGGCGGCGCGGAGCUGGCCCCGUCCGGGCCCCUUUCCAACGUGCUCUCCUCCAUGUACGGCUCGCCCUACGCCGCCGCCGCCGCCGCCCAGGGCUACGGAGCCUUCCUGCCCUACGCCGCCGAGCUGCCCAUCUUCCCCCAGCUGGGCGCCCAGUACGAGCUGAAGGAGAGCCCGGGGGUGCAGCACGCCGCCUUCCCCCCCCACCACCCCGCCUUCUACCCCUACGGACAGUACCAGUUCGGGGACCCGUCGAGGCCCAAGAACGCCACCCGGGAGAGCACCAGCACCCUCAAGGCCUGGCUCAACGAGCACCGCAAGAACCCCUACCCCACCAAGGGCGAGAAGAUCAUGCUGGCCAUCAUCACCAAGAUGACCCUCACCCAGGUCUCCACCUGGUUCGCCAACGCGCGGCGGAGGCUCAAGAAGGAGAACAAGAUGACCUGGGCCCCCCGCAGCAGGACCGACGAGGAGGGCAACUCCUACGGCAGCGACCACGAGGGGGAAGAGGACAAGAGGGAGGACGAGGAGGAGAUCGACCUGGAGAACAUCGACACCGAGAACAUCGAGAGCACCAAGGACGAGCUGGAGGACGAGCUGCAGGACGCCGACCUCCUGCACUCCGACUCCAAGACGGACUCGGAGGGCUCCGAGGGCUUCGAGGACCUGCCCGCCCCCGAGGAGCGCUACCUCGAGGCCGCCGACGGGGAGCCGCACCGCCUCCGCCACCACCACCUCCGCCACCACCACCACCACCACCACCACCACCACCACCACAAGUGCGAGCUCCCCGCCGCCCCCCCGCCGCCCGCGGGCCUGGAGCCCCUGCAGCCUCCCCUCCGGCCUCCCCUCCAGCCGCCGCCGCGCCUCCACUCGCCGCCGUCCUCCGCCUCGUCCUCCGCCGCCUCCUCCCCGACGGACGGCGCUUUGGCCGGCACCGUGCCCAAGCCCAAAAUCUGGUCCCUGGCCGAGACGGCCACCAGCCCGGACAACCCCCGCAAGUCCCCCGGGGGGGGCUCCCCGCCGGCCGCCGCCCCCCAGCCGCUGCCUCUGCCCCCCCCGCCGCCCCCGCCGCACAGACUCGUCCCCUCCUGCCCCUUGGGCAAAUUCCCCAACUGGACCAACCGCGCCUUCCCGAGCCACCACCACCACCACCACCCGCCCCCGGCCCCGCACCCCCUGGCCUUACUGAACACUCCCCACCUGCUGGGGCUGGGGGCCGCCCCCGCCGCCCCCCCGGGCGCCGCCGCUUUCCCGCGAGCCGCGGACCAGGCGCAGAGCGCAGAGCCCCCCGGAGCAGAUCGAUCUAGUGCCUUGGAAGUAGAGAAAAAGUUAAUAAAGACAGCUUUCCAGCCAGUGCAGAGGCGGCCCCAGAACCAGCUCGAUGCCGCUAUGGUUCUAUCAGCGUUGUCAUCAUCAUAGCUAAUUUUUUUAUUGUGGUUGUAAUGAUUGUAAAAAGAAAUCUCUGUAUAGCUACGACUUGUAAGCAUGUCCGUAUAUUAAAACUAAAAGGGGAAAAAAAAAAACACGCAAAAAACCCCAACCCCGCUUCUGUACUAUCAUCGGGAUUAGCUGAGUUUGUGAGGUUUUUUGGAAGUCCGGUGAGAACUAGGUGUUUCCAUUUUUUUUGUUCGUUUGUUUUUGUACAUACGGUUAAAAAAAACAAAACCUGUACAUACGUGUGAACCAAAUUGUACAAGAAAGUAUCUAUUUUUGGCUAAUAAAUAAACCGUUGCCACUUUGCCUACACUCUCGCUUGCCGCCUCUGCGGUGCUUUUGCCCGAGGCUGCUGCGGGGCGGGCACCCCCCGGGCCGAACCGAGCCGGGCUGAGCCGAGUCGAGCCAAACCGAGCCGAGCCGGGCCGAGCCGGGCCGAGCCGAGCCGGGCCGAGCCGA